AUGGCGCUGGCCACGCUGCCGGCGAGAAUCGCUCUCUCGGCGUACGCAAGGUAUCUGUCAUUUGCCCAGUACAGACACAGAUGUGUCAACGCCAUCGCAAUACAUCGAUGUUGGAAAGCCGAUAGCAGGCUAACAAGCGAUAAUCCGCGUGUUAAAAGACGAGAGAGCCAAAAACGGAGCUCCGAUGCGAAGACCGAUGCAGAUACAAAGCGACGGGAUAUCACAGUCCCGCCUAAUCCCCCUAAAAGCGUAUCACAGGCCAAAUCUGCAUCAAUCGCAUAUGAAACCUAUUGGGAGGAAAGUAGCAUUCGGGAACUAGAAGCUAAGCAUCCAGAAUUGGUAGUUCGGGGCACUGUUGUGAUCCCGGCCUUCGCCACCAAUGAAGCCAAGGUUGUUAGAUACACGAAAAUAACCAACAGUGAUGGCGAUUUGGAUCCAAAUCUAAAUUCAACUUCUGCGGAUAGUGAUUCCUCAAGUAGUGGCGAUGCGAAAAGGCAGCGCGUUGACAACUUGCAUCGCUCUUGCGAAGAUGGUGGGCAUGCAGCCAUUUCAGAGUCGCAAGACAACCCGCCGGACGCGUGUAAUGCAACUGGCGCUGUAGACCAUCCUCCCGAUGAUGUUGGAACUGGGAAUGCGGCAGACACUGCUGACGUUCGCAUUUUCGGAUUCAUUGCGCGAAACAGGGCAUUUCAUGGCGAUGAAGUGGUGGCCUUACGUCAACGGCGUCUCAGGCAACAACCAACUGCCCAUGAUGAUACUCAGCCUAUAGAACAACAAUGCAGAGUUGUGAGAAUCGUCAAGAGAUCUCCAGCUCUGGAAAGCUUUGUGGGAGUGAUGGACGCCAAUGCUUGUCUCAAUGCAACCAACGCGACGUUCAAGUGCCAGCCACAGGACACAAGGUGGCCGGCGUUUAACGUCAGUAGGGAUCAAAUGGAUCCAGAAAUGUUGGAACAGGUACAUCAACUACGUGAAAAGGGCAAGAUUUUCUGCCUGAUGCAGUUUAACGAGUGGCAGGAAAACAGUAUGGAACCAAGCGGCAGGGUGGUGAGGAUUAUAGGAAACACCACGGACCCCUCAGCAAGGAUGGAGGCGACCAUGAUAUUCCAUGGGCUAAACCCGAGUGGCUUUUCCGACAAUGUUCUCGAAAAUUUAAGAGAACUGAUAAAAAGCGGCGAGGGGAUGAAGGAAGAAAAUCGAGUUGAUAAACGUGACGUAACAGUCUUUACAAUUGACCCUCAAGAUGCCAAGGAUCUAGAUGACGCCCUUUCCGUUGAAACUGUAAGGGAUAAAAAGGGAAACUACACGUAUAAAAUCGGUGUACACAUUGCAGACGUAAGUCACUAUGUCAAGGAAGGCUCAGCCGUCGACAUGGAUGCUAGACAAAGGGCUACUUCAGUGUACCUGGAACACAAGGUUUUCCCUAUGCUGCCGCAAAUUCUGAGUGAAAAUAUGUGUUCGCUCCUGCCUCACAGCGAAAAGCUGUGCUUCUCCAUGUUUGCAGAACUUUCGGAGGACCCCAAUAGCGGCGAAAUGGUUGGCAACAAUCUUUAUAUUCGUAAUCAGGAAUUCAUUUUGACUCGAAUCAUCAGCUGUGAAAGAUUGAGCUAUCAAACUGCUAAAGAAAUAAUCGACAGUCAAAUACGAAAUAAGGCCUCCGCCACCGAUGCAAACCUGGGGUCGAUGACUAUCGCUCAGUUCCAAAAAAGUUACAUCGAGGGCAAAGCACUCAAUGAUAUUUCGGUGGUCAGUGAUGACCUGGCCAUCAACGGUGACGAGGCACAAGUAGACUGCCGUGACGAUAACAGUCAGGAGUCGCCGCAGGCAUGUGUCACCCCAAAUAGCCUCUCGAACAUCAACAGAGAUGUGUUCAAACCGUUGAUGACGCUUUACUUUAUAUCGAGGAAGCUUAGGCAUUUUAGGCUCAAGCAGCGGGGGGCGGUCAUGGUGGACACCAAUGGCAGUUGCAAGUGUCACAUACCCAAGGUGGGAGAAAACACGGGGAGACUGUGGGUGGAACAAAUACCAAAAGAAAGCCACGAAUUGGUGGAGGAGAUGAUGUUACUUGCCAACACGCAGGCAGCCCAGUUGCUGGCCAAAAGUUUUGAUAACUAUUUCCUGAGGGUGCACGAGAACACCUCAAGGGCCAUUAAACAACUGGUGGUAUCAGUGAUGCCGCAGGAUCUUAAAAGCGUAUUAAAUCCUGAGAUAUUGCCCAUACCAGAGCUGCUGAGGAAGUGCGCCAAGCACAUGGAACCCACUGCCUUCCAAUCGCUAAGCUUUGCUGCCUUGCAGCAAUUCAAAGAAGCCGUAUACUCCCCCGUUAACAAAGAUGGCACAACGACGCAAGGCGUCACCGGUCACUGGGGUUUAGCUUUACCGAUGUACCUCCACUUCACCUCUCCAAUCAGGCGGUAUUCAGACCUUUAUACCCACCGAAUGCUAAAAACGGUGAUUGACGGAACGUACACCGAACAAUCGCUAAAGGUCCUAGAUGAGAUAUGCAAACAAUGCAACCUGCAGAAGCGAAAGGCAUUCGACGUGCAAAAGGAAUACAAGAAUUUUGCAUUCAACCAAUAUCUCCAGUGGGCAUGUACAAGCGAGGGUACCGCACCGCCGUACGCUGCGACCGACUCAAUGUUUGCGAGGGCUUUCCCGCCGGACGGCAGUGAUGUCUGGGGCAUGCUGUAUGACCAGGCUUGCGUCUUUUCCAUUGUGAUAAAUGAUGCAACGAGUGAAGAUGCCAAGAAAAAAACGAGCAUUGUCUUCUACAUACCCCUACUUAACGAGCAGCGCAGCGUGAGCUGUGACUCACUCAAUGUUACGCCCAUAGAGGCGGUUGUUUGCGGUGAGACUGUAAAUCUAGAAGCCACCCAAAACACUGGGGACUCAGACAGUAUGGUGGACGGCUACUUCAAGGAGGUACAGAAUGCGGGAACGGAGCGAAAGGUUGAUGAUGCACGGGUGGAAAGCCUGACGGUUCUUAAGGGCGAUUACAAAGUGAGAAUGGCACAGUACGACAAGGUUCAAGUGGUGCUAGUCCCCGGAUCCGCAAUGUGGACUGUACGCUUGCCCCGUGACCAACCAGGCGGCGCUUAA